GUGGCGUGUGUGUUCUAACCGAGUUCUCACUCCUCGUCAUCAUAUAAAAAUUUCACUCUCUGUAAUCACCUCAAUUCCCCUUUUGAAACCCUACUCGCAAGGUUCUCUGAAUCCAAUAAGCACUUGAAUAGCUCCUCGAUCUUCUUGAAAUUUUGUGAUGGCGGAGCACUUGGCGUCAAUUUUCGGAACAGAGAAGGACAGAGUUAACUGCCCAUUCUACUUCAAGAUCGGCGCGUGCAGGCACGGCGACCGCUGCUCCCGCCUCCACACCAAGCCGAGCAUCAGCCCCACGAUCCUUCUUUCCAACAUGUACCAGCGCCCCGACAUGAUUACUCCUGGCGUCGACGCUCUGGGCCAGCCGAUCGACCCCAAAAAAAUGCAGGAACACUUCGAGGACUUUUAUGAAGAUUUAUUUGAGGAGCUAAACAAAUACGGAGAGAUUGAAAGCUUGAAUGUUUGUGACAAUUUAGCUGAUCAUGUGGUUGGCAAUGUUUAUGUCCAAUUUAGGGAGGAAGAGCAUGCUGCUAAUGCUCUUCAAAACCUGACUGGUCGGUUCUAUGCAGGACGCCCCAUCAUUGUUGAUUUCUCCCCAGUGACUGAUUUUCGUGAAGCCACCUGUAGGCAGUACGAGGAGGACGCAUGUAACCGUGGUGGCUACUGUAACUUCAUGCAUCUGAAAAGGAUUAACAGGGAGUUGAGGCACCAAUUAUUUGGGAGGCGUAGGAGUAGACACAGCCGUAGCAGGAGCAGGAGUCCCUAUCGGCACCGUAGCUAUGAUGACCGCUCACAUGAGAGUCGGAGUCACAGCAGAAGGUAUGAUGACCACGAUCGCCAUGAAAGUCGAAGCCGGAGGCGCAAGAGCACAAGUCCAAGAAGCAGGAGGGGUAGAAGCCCAGGUGGCAGGAGGAAUCGUAGUCCUGUUAGGGAAGGUAGUGAAGAAAGACGUGCUAAAAUUGCACAGUGGAAUAGGGAGAAGGAAGAAACAGAACGUUCUGGCAACAAGGCAAAUGCUGGUGAUGAAGAUCGUAGGGCUAAAAAUGACCACUCUGGCAAUAUAGACAACGGAGGACACAAUGAACCAACACAGUAGGAUGGAUAUGUGUAUUGACGAUAUUAGCACUGGUUUGUUCUCACUCCCUUUCUACCUCGGUAUUCUUGAUUUUUUCACUGGCAACAGUUAUCAUUACGAAUGACCCGUCUUAAAAUUUAACUUACUGCACAUUUUCCACUUUGCAGGUGGUGUGCAGGUUUUCAAUUCUGUCAUAUGCAACAUGAUAAAUAUAUGUUUCUUAGUACCAUUCAUUAUGUCCAUCGUGCUUUUCUUGCCUUUUUUCUGUUUUUUUGCUAAAGUAUUGUUUGAGUUUGGUUUCGCAUAUAUAUAGUCUUCAGCCCUAAACCUUUAGAAGGAGCUAUAAUUGCUUUUUGACUUACUUCCUGCCAGUCUCCUUCUCAACUACAUCAAAGUUGAAUUUGCCUCCUGCAUUCAUCUGUAUGUUUGCAAGCAAUCUGUGUGAGGAAGCUAUUGUUCUGUGCUAGCUCUGAUAAUUUUUCUAAAAUGAUCUUAUAAUCCUCUAGCUAUUCUCAAGAUGUUGUGUGCACAGUGCACACGACAUCGAUGUCUUGUAUUUCUCCAAAAAAAGUUAUGCUCUAAUUUUCAUUACCUUUGUUUUGUUGGAUAAAAUAAUAGUGGAUUUAUAUGGUACAGUGCUUUGCAAUUUGCAUCGACAUAGACAUAGUUUAGUGGUUUGUUGAUAUUGUCUAUUGGAAGGUUCUUGAUUUUUAAAGUUGCCUCUCAUGACUUCCUACUAGCGACCUUGCUAAUUUGGCCUUUGUCUGUCUUGGUUGUUCCCUGUCAAAAACAUUGUGUUUGUGUGUGCAGUCAGGUAUCCUGUAGCCACAAAACAACAAGGCUAGUGAGUUUUCGCAUAUUGUUCCAAUUUAUUUCUAAGUAUAUAUAGUUGCAGAUCUCACACUGAUUUACUAGUUUUGCAGGUCCAGGUACCCUGCUUAGAAAGAUAUUCAGCACAGAUUUUAAUUAUAGAUUCCCAUGCAAAUUGUACAGGUAUUUUGGUUGUUGCAGUGAGGGAAGAGUUGUAAUUUCAGGGUGAUGUCGGAUUGAGAAGCCCGUGGAGGUCGAGUUGUAGAUUUAGCAAUUAUUAAGCUUCAUUUUUCCUCUUUAUAGGGAUGCUGCUUGUUUGAUGAUCCAUUUUGCUAGAGGACCAAUGUUUUAAUUCUAUAUCUAGACUUCCUCUUUCUUUUCACAUUUAUGUAAUGCUUCCCAGAAUCAUAACAGAGAGCCUAUGAAUGCUUUUCUAUGACAGUACAAGGUAUUUACAACCUGAUUAUGAUGCUCUA